GAUAUGGUAUUAUUUGAAAUAACUCAAUUAACUAUGUCUUGAAUUAUUCUUAAUUCCAAUGAAACUCGUCUUACACGUUAUCGAUACAGGUAGAUAAACAAAGUACACGUUAGUUUUUCUUAUCAUAUCGGUUCACUCGCCGUCACUAAUGUUUUUUCAAUCACUCUAAUCGUCUAAACCUUAAAAUGAUACUGAGAAAUACGUUUAAUAGUGUGGUGUGUUGCUUAGGUAUUAUAAUAUUAGUUAUAGAACCGUGUUACAGUGAAAAUAAUGUUGAAGUGAUUUUAAAACAAGGUGUGUUGUCAGGGACGUUGGAUAAAACGUUAUUAAAGAAACGAGAUUAUUAUGCGUUCAGAGGUAUACCUUAUGCCGAACCGCCAAUAAGAGCGCUAAGGUUUUUGCCUCCAAACCCUCAUCAAGGUUGGGAAGGCACAUAUGAAAGCCACAAAAUCAAGCCAACAUGCAUGCAGUUCAACUCACGAAGCCGCAACGGAGAACCUAUGGGCCUCUCCGGCUCAGAAGACUGUCUCCACCUUAGCGUCCUCACACCCUCCUUUCAAGGCCCCAUACCAGUCGUCGUCUUCGAUUACAAUGACAACUUUAGAACCGGUUUCAACAGCACUGAUACUUACUCCCCUGACUUUUUCUUAGAAGAAGAUGUCAUAGUCGUGACAAUCAACCAUCGCUUAGAUAUGUUCGGCUACCUUACUACUAAUGACGAAGUUAUCCCUCCUAAUGCUGGCUUGAAAGACUUUAUCCUGGCUUUGGAAUGGAUCAAAGAGAAUAUUGAGCAAUUUGGUGGAGACCCGAACAGAGUGACGUUAAUGGGAAGCAGAGGAGGAGCUGCGUUAAUACACAUAUUGCUGUUUUCCGAACAAGCUAAAGGCUUGUUUUCAAGUGUGAUCAUGCAAAGUGGUACAGCAUUAGAACCUGCUUACUUUCCUAAUAAUUCUAGGAAUAAAGCUUUCAUGCUUGGCGAAGAAGUUGAUAUUAAGACUGAUGACAGUCAAACUUUACUGGAGGAAUUACAAAAAAUAGAUGCUGAGGAGUUGUUUUAUAAACUAGUAAACCUUCUUGACGAUAAAGAUAUUACUGAACGGCAAAUGUCUAUUUUUCCAUUUGCACCUGUUGUUGAGAUUGAUAAUCCUGACGCCGUGCUCACGUCUCUACCAGAUAACUCUAACAUCAUCAAUGACGUACCAAUCCUGAUUGGUUUUAAUUCUAGAGAAGGCUUAGAUUUAGCGUUCCACUAUAUAUCCUCGCCGCGUCUCGUAGAACUAACCCGAGACUUCUUUAUUCACUUUCCAAUAAGAUCCGGGUUUAGAUUUAAUCGCAACAGUACUGUGUUCCAAAACAUGGAGCAAGAAAUAAAAGAAUUUUAUUUCCAAGAUGGCUACUUUUAUGUUGGGAAUAUUUUGGAAUAUGCGGUUUAUGUUGGGGAUGUACUGCACAACUAUGCGUUGGACUAUACGGUAGCAAAACUUGCGGAUCAGUUAUCUUCUCCGUUGUAUUACUACAUGUUCGACUUUAAGGGAGCGUUGAACGAGAACAGCUUGCACAUAUCCAGACGAGCCCUUAGAACCGUACAGAACUGGGGUGCAACUGUGGGAGACGAGCUCUGUUACCUGCAUGUGUGUACUCGGAUUAAGAAGAAUUAUGAAUCACUCACGAAACUUGUCAGCGAGCAAGCUGAAAUGAAGCUCCUGAGGAAAAUGGUGCGAAUGUGGACCAAUUUUAUUAAAACUUGCAACCCUACGCCCGAUGAGAAAGAUGACACCUUGAAAAAAAUAACAUGGACUCCAGUCAACAAGGACUCUAAAGAAAAGCAAUACUUGCACAUAACUAAAAUCCCACGGAUGAAAGCUGGUCCUCUUGGCGAACGAGCUACCUUCUGGGACAGCUUCCUCGAGAAGUACUCUGCAAUGGCCGUCGACGGUGUUGUCACGGACCCUGAACCAACUCAUGAAGAAUUAUAA